AUGAGUUCGACAACGUCGGGCAAUUCAACCAUGUCUAAGUUUCUCUCGAAAAAAACAUCAUCAGCUAGUAAUAGUUCAACAUCAGGAACAAAUACUAAUACACAACGAGCUACAUCCGAUGACGAUAUGAUUCAUAGCGUUCAAGCACCGUUGGCAAGAGAAUCAUCGAGCGGUUUUAAUUAUCAAACAUUGACAGAAACAUCACCAUUAGCUGAGUCAAAAAGUAAAACUAGACCGCCUGUUCGUUCUCUGAGUUCGAAUGCUGAACUCGGUUAUCAUUUACAUCAAAUAAAAAAUUUAAAUAAACGUAGGCCAACAUUGGGCGGAGAUGAUCGAAAUAAAAACGAAGAUCGUAUUCAUUUGACAUCAUCAAAUCUUAAAAUUGUGUGUAAUGAAAAUGGAAAACAAGCUUCAACAGUGGAAUUACAAACAAUCGAAGCAAAUAUUGAUUUACUUGCUUCAUGGAAACCGCCAAUCCCACCGCAAGCUGCUAUUCCCAGAGACGCAUGGGAUCAUAAAAUUGAAUUUCUUCUUGCUGUUAUUGGCUAUGCCGUUGAUUUAGGUAAUGUGUGGCGUUUUCCAACAACUGUCUAUAAGAAUGGUGGCGGAGCAUUUUUUAUUCCUUAUUUUAUUCUUCUGAUUUUUGGCGGCCUACCACUUUUCUAUAUGGAACUUGCUCUUGGUCAAUAUCAUCGAGCAGGUGUAUUUACAAUAUGGAAACAUAUCUGUCCAUUAGUCAAAGGUAUUGGUUGGGCAACAGUAUUAAUUAAUUUUAUGACUGCAACAUUCUACAAUACAAUUAUAUCAUGGGCUGUUUAUUAUUUGGUUAUGUCAUUCAAUGGUUUACGAACUGAAUUACCUUGGAAAAGUUGUGAUCAUGAAUGGAACACAAAAUGUUGUGUAGCAGCCGAUGUUAAACAAUACGAAUAUUUAUCUCAAUUAAUGAAUCUAACAGAUAAAAAAUUCAAUAUAUCAGGGGAACCUACAAAGAACUGCACUCGAUUAGUAUAUUCAACGGAAGAAUAUUUCUAUCGACGUCUUCAAGAAGUAGACAAAGCCGAUGGUUUUAACAAUUUAGGCAAAAUUAAAUGGGAACUUGCCAUCAGUCUUUUAGUCGUUUUUGUUCUUGUCUAUUUUGCUCUUUGGAAAGGAAUUAAAAGUUCAGGCAAAGCCGUAUGGAUUACUGCUAUUGCUCCAUAUGCAGUUUUAUUCAUUCUAUUAAUUCGUGGUGUUACCUUGUCGGGUUCAUCGAUUGGUAUAAAAUAUUAUCUACGGCCAAAUAUGGAACUAUUAAAAGAUUUUUCUAUUUGGAAUGCAGCAGCUACUCAAAUAUUUUUUUCACUUGGGCCAGGUUUUGGUGUUCUUCUAGCUCUUUCAUCGUAUAACAAAUUUAAUAAUAAUUGCUAUCGUGAUGCAUUAGUGACAAGUACAAUCAAUUGUGCAACAUCAAUUCUAGCAGGUUUUGUUAUUUUUUCAACACUUGGUCAUAUGGCUAGUGUAUCAAGAAAAACUAUUGAAGAAGUUAUCGAAGAUAAAGGCUCGGAACUUGUCUUCAUUGUCUAUCCGCAUACAAUUGCUUUAAUGAAUUGGUCAACAUUAUGGGCUGUUCUAUUUUUCUUUAUGGUCAUUACAUUGGGUAUCGAUAGUACAUUCGGUGGUCUUGAAUCAAUUAUAACCGGUUUGUGUGAUGAAUUUCCCAAUUUAUUCGGACGGCAUCGUUCGUUAUUCGUACUUGGAGUUCUGAUAAUAUGCUAUUUGGGUGCAUUACCAACAUGUACUUAUGGUGGUGAUUAUAUAGUAACUUUAAUGAACGAAAUCGCAGUUGCUCCAGCUAUUCUUCUUGUCGUAUUUAUUGAAUGUAUUGCUGUCUCAUGGUUUUAUGGUGUUAAUCGAUUUUCAUUUGAUAUCAAAUCAAUGAUUGGCUCACGACCAUCAUUAUUUUGGAGAGUCAUUUGGUAUCUUAUUAGUCCAAUAUUUUUAUUUAUAAUAUUCUACAUUGCUAUGAGUAAUUUUCUGGCUGGUACAAUUGCAAUUAAAACAACCGAUUUAAAAGAUUUACCUUUUACUAUACAAGUAUGGUCAUAUCUUAUGGUAUUUUUACCAAUGCUAUGUAUACCUGGUUAUGCUAUUUAUAAAUUAAUCAUAACACCAGGAAAAACAUUCGAUGAACGUCUUCAACGGGCAGUUACACCUGAAGAACCCAUUCUUGAACUUAUACAAUAUAGAUUAGAUGCUGCACAAAAACAACAGCAAAAACAGCAGCAGCAGCAGCAAAAGGAUAAAAUUGAACUUCUCUAA